UGACUGAAUGGAUCCUUUGUAACUUACAUGUAAUAGAGUACUCUGUGACUGAAUGGAUCCCUUGUAACUUACAUGUAAUAGAGUACUCUGUGACUGAAUGGAUUCUUUGUAACUUACAUGUAAUAGAGUACUCUGUGACUGAAUGGAUCCUUUGUAACUUACAUGUAAUAGAGUACUCUGUGACUGACUGGAUCCUUUGUAACUUACAUGUAAUAGAGUACUCUGUGACUGACUGGAUCCUUUGUAACUUACAUGUAAUAGAGUACUCUGUGACUGAAUGGAUCCUUUAUAACUUACAUGUAAUAGAGUACUCUGUGACUGAAUGGAUUUGUUGUAUUUGAAUGGAUCAUCUGUGACUUAAUAUGUAGUUUGUAA